AUGGUGCGGAAGUCUGUGCUCAGCCGUCAGCGCCCUCCUUUCGUCCCCAUUUCUUGGUUGCGUGUCGGUCGGGUGCGUGGGGUAGCCUCUCGACUACCAGACAUUCAUUCGGGCAGAACACCACUUUUGGCCCUCAGACGGCAUCAUCUAUUUUUUUUCUUUUCUGGACAUCCAUUUUCCACGCUUCGAUGUGAAUGUUCCCUUUUUCUUGCUUUUAUUAUACCACCCCAAACCCAACCAUCGCCUCAUCUCCAAACAACCCCUUUCCUUCACCUCAUCCCAGCCAAAACUCGAACCAAAUCCCAAUUAAGAGUGAUGACGUUUUUCUCGACAAAGACUAACAGCCUGACCCCCGUUCCCGCCACCACUAACUGCUUUUUCCCCGCCAGUUACCGAUUUUCUCUUCCUUUUCCUGUCUUCAGCCGCCAUCUUCGCUUGGCUUGGACGGUCGGCCAUUUUGGAAGUUCAACUUUCAGAAGCACAUUUUUCUUUCUUUCUUUCUUUCUUUCUUUCUUUCUUUCUUUUCAUUAUCUAUCUAUCUAUCUAUCUAUCUAUCUAUCUAUCUAUCUAUCUAUCUAUCUAUCUAUCUCAGUCUGUUUAAAUCUAUCUAUCUAUCUAUCUAUCUAUCUAUCUAUCUAUCUAUCUAUCUAUCUAUCUAUUUCAACUUCUUUCUUUCUUUCUUGUUUUUCUAUCUAUCUAUCUAUCUAUCUAUCUAUCUAUCUAUCUAUCUAUCUAUCUAUCUAUCUCUGUCCAUCUCAGUCCUUUCAUUAUCUAUCUAUCUAUCUAUCUAUCUAUCUAUCUAUCUAUCUAUCUAUCUAUCUAUCUACGUGUAUGUAG